AUGGGUAAAAAUCAAUCGCCCAAGAAGCUCGAUUUUGAAACCUACGAAUUCUGUUCGGACUUUAGUAUCUUCAUUAUAAACGAGUCAUUACAAGAAACCAUCCCGCCUAAAGAAUACAAAGUUCAUCGAUACAUUUUGUCUCAACAAUCACGAUACUUCAAAGUCCUCUUUGAGUCCUCCCGAAAUUUCACCGAGCACAAGUCAAACUCGGUCAUCAUACGACUUAAGGACCCUCACAAUGUGUUUCAAUCGAUCCUGAACUACAUGUACACCGGUUAUAUUUCCAUAAGUCAUGAAACCCUAAUUUCAAUAUUAACCAUCGCAGACCGGUUCGACAUUGAAAAGCUUAUGAAACACGCGGUUGAAUACUUUACCGACUUCUUGGAUUCGUACCAAACCUAUUUUGAUUAUUUAACCAUUUGCCACGACUGUGAAAAAGCCAUUUCAUGUUUGCUGUCAAACUCUUUGGACUUCUUAAUUACCCCCGAAGAAGUCUACAAUAUUUUUGCAGAAUCGCAGGAAUCCGGAUUCGAGGAUAUUAUUCCCGACUGGCUGCUUGCAAUAUCGUUUGACAAACUUUGGGGUCAUCAUCCCGAGAUAUUUAGUAGUUCCAGAUUGGAAAGAAUCCUAGAAACCAUAUAUGUACAGUUUAAGGAUGAGGAUCAAAAACUCUCAGCCGUCAGGAGGAUUGUGGAGGAAUAUACCAUUGAUGGAUAUGAUGACAUAAAUGUUAAUGAGACGUGGAAUAAAAUGGUUUUUACUUUCAUGCCUUUUGCAUCUGUAAUGUUGGAUGCCGAAGAAACCUUUAGCACCACGCAAGCCGAUGAUGUUAAUAAAGAACCAAGCGGAUCGCUCUACACUUUCGAAGAGUUUGAAGAGAUCGCCGAACGAAUUAGACGCAAAGAAAAAAUCAAUCAACUGUUUCAGCUGGUGGAUUUUUCUUUACUAGAUCCAAAUACCUGGGAAGACAUUUUUAACGACAGGUUGAUACCAGACGAACUCAUUGUUCGAGGACUGUUUGAAAUAUUAAAAGAAAACAACGACAUAGAGCUUAAUGAAAAGCAAGAGAUAGCUCAGAAAAAACCAAAGUGGCUAGAAGUCGUGAUGACCUACGGACGCGAUGUGAGUGGGUCUGAGAAUGUUAAGGUGGCACGCAGCGUAUCGCCACCAUCGACCACAAUCGAGCACUUCGAUCAACUCAGAUUCGAGAUAAGCCCUUAUCUCAGUGACAUAACGAUUUAUAUAAAUGAUAAAUCCUACGAUUUUCACAAGAUAAUCUUGUCAAAGGAAUCGGGAUACUUUCUUCAACUACUCUCCUCACCACCUGAUGAACAACACAUAGAUCGAUGGACACUUCCCUGGAGCGCACUUCACCCGGAAAUGCCAAAUGGCUUUGUUUCGAUGAUCCAUCUCUUUUACGAUCCCUCGAUCGAACUUGUCACCAUGUCCACGGAAAUGCUGAUAUCCAUAUUAAUCUCCUCCAUGCAAAUCCGCAACUCCGAAAUUACCACCAAAUGUCUUGACUCCAUACGUUAUGGCCAGGACGAGGAUUAUUUUAAUUUUCUGUUGUUGGGUUGUGGGAAGUUGGACUCGGAUCUGUCGAAGUUGGAGGAACAUCAAAAACGAAUCAGGGAAUUUGUGGUUGACAAUGUGUCCCGUGAAUUUAGGAAUUUUUGUUAUUAUAUGACCGGAUGUAAUGGAUGGAUUGACAAUGUCAAGAGUAAAGAUGUCACGAAAGAUUUUGUCAUAGAGAUAUUGGAUAAGUGCUUGGAAAAAUGUGACACCGAGGAAGGCGAGGUUGCCGAAAUUUCCAAGAUCUUGCUAUUUGAGAGUAUCUUUGAUGAAUGGUUCCCGAAUGCGGCCAGUUCAAGGGAUAAAACUGGUGAGGAUGCACCAGAGACUGAAGAAUUCAUAAAAAAGAGAAUGGAAGAAUUCGAUGAAAUUAGAUAUUUAAUAACGAGAUACAUUGAUCUCAAGAGACUACACUACACUGAUAUGGAACGUCUCGAGGGGAGAUGGUGGAUGCCUAAAGAUUUAUUUCAUGCUUGGCUUGUCGUAUUAUCGAGAGAAAAGAGGAGGAAAGAAAGUAUCAGAACGUAA